CGGCUAUGCUAACCAAGGCUACUGUGCAGGUCGCAAUAGCAACCCUCUUCCAAUGGGCCUCAAUCUACAUCGCGCAUCUCCGCUUCCGAACCGGUCUCCGCGCACAGGGAAAAGACCUAUCCACGCUCCCCUUCAAAGGUAUGCUCACGCCCUACGCGCAGUACUUUAGUCUGGUGAUUGUCCUCUUCAUCUUCGGGUGCGAGUUCUACCUCGCGUGUUUCCCGUUCGGUGAAAAGGGGUCGGCGAAGAGUUUCUUCUCGACGUAUCUGGCUGCGCCGUUGUUUGUUUUUGAUUAUUUUGUUUACAAGGUAUGUCGCCCCUCUAACUUGUUCCUAAGGAGAAGGAGGGGUUGCUAAUAGGAUGAACUGCAGUCGUGGUUCAAGACGAAGAUUGUCAACCCGAGCGAGAUGGACUUUUCGCCCGCGAUUGUGUUUGAUGAGGAGGAUCGGGCCAGAGAGGAGAGGGUUGAGGAAAAGGGAGAGAAGAAACCGUGGUUGAAGAGGAUGCAGUAUGUGGUAUUUGGCUAGAGGGCAUGGGAGCGAAAUGUACCCUUGAUCCAGAAACAUUGUGGUAUCUGCAGUACAGGAAUAGUAAUCGAAUUAUUCAGUCUGAAACGGAGCAAAGCCAUCGGCAUCAGGGCCCAGCGGAAAGUCACCACUUAGCCAGUCAGUAUCCACCAGGUCUGCCACCUCGUUUAUCCGCGGAUGUCCAAAGGUUCCCGGUUCCGAGUUGAGAAACGAGAGGGGACUAAACGAGGAUAAUUCACUCGGGUUCCCCGAGCCGGUCUCGCUCUUCAUCGCUUGUGUCCAAUGUUUGAACUGCGCGUAGGCAGAGGGUCGCUGUCCCGACUGAGGUACAUUGUUACUGGCGAGUGAAGCCUGGCGUAUAGCAGCAUCGAGCGAUUGAAGAUAGGAGAUCUCCGACUCGGACGAACUCCCCCCCGUCAUGCGACGGAUUAGGGCCAUUCCGCGCGCCAGCUCCUCCUCAAAUAGAUGCGCCGUGCGCGAGUUUAGUCGCUCCGCAAGAAUGACGAGAAGCGCAGCGCGACAGGAACUAAACUCUGUAUACGAGGCACGACAGAGGCCCGUCUGGCUUGCCAGUGUCUGUAGCGUCUCGAUGAUUUGGAGGGCGCUCUGCACACAGUUUUGCACCAGGAUAGCUCUGGGCUCGUUAUUGUCGCUUCGUGAGUCCUUCCAGUCGUCCGUGAACAUAAAUGGUCGGCCCAUAUAGAUGUAUAUUAGGAGAUAUGCGAGCUUCAGGUGUGAAUUCUGGCGGAAGAGCGGGUUUUCGGGUGUCGUGUCCUGGCAGGAUAGUGAGUUCCACCACUCCUCGACGUGCGUGCGUAUCUGCAUUAGGCGCUCGAGGUACUCCUGUAUGAAUCGCUUUCGGCAAUUGCGGAGGAGGAUUCUUGCCAUGUCAGAUGGUCAAUAUGGCGGAGAACGGAUGGCCUGCUUACAGUGUUUCUGACACUUCUCCCAGCCAUGAACUUAGCUUAAUAAAUGCAAUCAUGUUUGCAUAAGCUGGGGAUGAGAAUGAUGGGUCGUCCGCCGGCAGGUCGGUGCUGAUAUCUGACUUGGAGAUAGAUGCUGGGCGACCGUGAAAUAUGCCAAUCCUCCUAAUCAUUGUUAGAUCUCAUGGUGAAGAGGGCCGAACAACCUACCUGUCUAGACUGUACGCAGACCAAAAUACCCGGUUUCUCGUCUCGAUAAUUCCCGCUCCACAUUCCUCUCCAACGUACUUGCGGUGCAUUCCAUUUUGAAUAGCCAUCUUCACCGCAAUGCCGAGGUAAGAGUAAGAUAGGCCUCCGGUCGACAGCGGGAGGGCAUAUAAAGCGAGAAGCAGGAACGCCUGUACACUCUCAUGCGAGGCCACAAGGAUAACAUCCGGUACCAGCCUGCAUGCAAUAUGAUAGAGCGAAAGACCCACUGAGUCUUCUGAGCAGAGAUUCAGAUCUUCGGUUGCGGACUGGUCCUCCAUAUGUGCGACCUGGGUGCCAAUCGCCAACACUGCGAAGACCGAGCACACCCAGGGAAUAUCACUCAAGCUGUACUCUGCCGACUGAAUGUAACAGCGAUCGAGCUUCUCUUCGAGCCAUGAUUGUUCCAUGUAGAAGACAUUUCCUUCAGAGUAUUUGAAGAACAUGCUGACCAAGAACGUUGCGAUUGGUCGUGGGGGUAAAUGGCUCAUUACUUGAGAGACCAUAUGCGUCGAGGAUUGCAGCUGUGUCGGACGCCAAUACUCUUUUACCUGGUGUAAUCAGAAAUGUAUCAAGACACGAUUGCCGAUGCAACAUACCUCAAAGCGCUCAAUGGGCGAGUUGAUCUUUCGUCGCAGUUUUUGCGAGAAGUUCCAGUGAGAGAACUCGCCCGAAUAGUCUAAGCAGCAUUAGUACCGCAGCAUUCUUAGGGCACGUUGACUAACGAGCGAUAUUCUUCGAAACAAAUUGCACAUCAAACGGCUCGUCAACGUUCGGCGCCUCCCCUUGUGGUGUGCUUCCCAAUCGCGCAACAAUACGGCUGACAUUGUCUUCGUCCAACGGGACAUCCCCAAGAAAAUGACGGACGAUAUGUUCCAGUCCUUCCACCCGUGAUCGACUUGCUGGCGGUCGGUCUAGCAUACUCUCAGUCUGACUGUGUAGGACACGACCACGCACAGUACACGGUCGGCCGAGCCUCUGACAUCGCCAGCACGGAGGACCUCCUUCACACUUCUCCUUUUGGCGUCGGCACGUGUCGCAUCUGAGUAGGUCAGCUUGACUCUUUGAUAAUACAAAGAUCACUUACGCAAGAGAAGCUCGCCGCCUUAUCGGCCGUGUAGCAUGGUAUGCCUGUCCAAUGCCAUACGUCUCCAUUGCUCCUCGUGUCAGGUAUGAUUAUAUGUUGUGCUGGUGCGGAUAUUUGUUGGAGACGUUGCUAUCUGCAGCUAGGUGCUCGGAGCCUGGGGAUGAUACGUUAUCUCUGGUAUCGGUGAGGGGUACGCUAGCCAGCUACUCCAACAUGAUGGGCGAGUCAGAUGGCUUGUCAGCGAUAACCUCGGGCAAGGAUAGACAAGUGCUCCCAUGUGUGGAGAUCGAGUGCCUCAAGCUCCAUGAGUGUGAUCAGGUCUAUGUGUGCUUUCGGGGUGAAGUUGCUCGUCGUUGAGAUAUAUUUUUGCCAGAACCCCACCUCACUACAGCAGGAUGGUGCACAAUGUGCAAUAGAUCAGACAUGAUCAAAAUCUAAUGAUCUCUCCAAUUAGGUUCUCCUGCAUAAAGGUUGUUGGGCUGUUGACCAGGCGAGGAAGGGGACCUGAGAAUCGGUAUGUUUUGGUGGAAAGGAACACGCCAGGAAGUGGGCACGUGAUUAACUCGCUGCCUGAGUCACCAUGCAACCCAUCAGACAGGCGGAACUUCUUGGCGCGCACCCGCGCCUUCCUUCGCGAAGACGGACUCGAUAACACCCACCUCAGAGUUCCGUUUCUCCGUCAUCACUCUCUCCGAAUCAUCAACGAGUACAGGUGGCUUUUGAGUCCUAUAAGAUUACGUUUUAGCGGCCGUUUGCGUGAAAAUAUGCGACCUUUUGCUGAUACCACCCCGUGAAGUAGCCGCCAAGGCAAGGCUGUGUGAGAGUAGCUUGUCAAUAGAUAGGCAUCUCGUACUAGGGUGUCUCACUCCUUGCACAUGUGCCUCGAGUAUCACGAACCCUUUCACCCGCCAGGAAACCCCUGCGCAUACGCACGAUUUCUCCGAACUCCUCGGUGGCGCGGAAAGUGUGGCUGACCCCUAGGCGACCUUGUGGGUGUUUCAGAAGAGCGCCCAAUGCUGAGCCACGUCCCAAAGAGGAAUGGUUGACUGACAGGGAUUAUACCGCCUCCUCCCAUAUAAAGCAGCUGUCGGUCGCAUCCCAGCUCAGCGCAGCCGCGUACGUCGCCUACGUGUUUCACACAAUGCCUGCGAGAACUGAUACACCAACUCGAGCGGAUUUCCGAAUCGCCAUCAUCUGCCCCCUGCCCCUCGAAGCGAAAGUUGCUAAACCGCUAUUGAACCCCGUCUACGAUCAAAUCGCGCAUCCUGAGCUUGCACAAAAGGCUGACGAUCCAAACUCAUACACCCUGGGGAAAAUUGGCCCAUACUAUGCGGUCCUUGUGCAUAUGCCUACUGCUGGCAAAGCAGCCGCUUCCGGUGCAGCAACGAAUGUGCGGGCGAGUUAUCCAGAGAUCGAAUUGGCCUUCCUGGUCGGCGUGUGUGGGGGUGUUCCGGUCAUCGAACAAUCGCAUGUCACCACGGGCAGGACCGACGUAUACCUUGGUGAUGUGAUCGUCAGUACUGGGGUUGUGCAGUAUGAUCUGGGGAAGCGCCUCCCAAGUGGCUUCGUCCGCAAAGAUACUUUGGAAGCAAACUUGGGAAGGCCGAAUCAGCAAAUACGCUCCUUUAUUUCAAAGAUGAUGGCAGGGGAUGAUCACUUGACGAGGCGACAAGGGGAAUAUCUCGCAGUCAUCCAAGGCGCGGUGGACGCGAUGAGCCCAGACAUCCAGGAUGAUGUUCUAUUCCGCCAGGACUACAACCAUAGAAAGAGAGGGUGCCAAUGUGACAAAAGACCUCCGUCAGACGAAACUGCACUUGCUCGGCAAAGAAAGCCAGAUAUAUUACCCUAUAUACACUUCGGAAGGCUCGCUUCAGGAGACACUGUUAUGAUGACUGCAAAGGCACGAGAUGCCAUCGCGAAGAAAGAACAAGUUAUUGGCUUUGAGAUGGAAGGAGCAGGGGUAUGGGAAACCCUUCCCUGCAUCCUUGUCAAGGGCGUCAGCGACUACGCCGACAGUCAUAAGAGCAAGGACUGGCAGCUUUUCGCAGCUGCAAGUGCAGCAGCCUGCUUGCGCGCCCUCCUGGAUGAGCGCCCAAUAUCUGUCUUUCAGCCAUCGACAGGGACGGGACAGGGUAUGUAGAGAUUUCAAUUUCAACUCCAUACCCCUUCGAGGAACGGCGCGGAAGCGGCCAUCGGAUAAAGCUACGCAGGAGACCAACGAGACCUAUGUUGAGCUUCUCACAUUUACCCGGGCGGACUUUCGGCGCAACAAAGUUCUAGAUGCCCACGAAAAGACGUGCAAGUGGGUGUUGGUGCGGCCAGAAUUCAAAGAGUGGAUCCAUGCAGAUGCUGAGGCAGCCCAGCGACGAUUCUUCUGGAUCAAGGGAAAGCCUGGAGCUGGGAAGUCUACGCUAAUGAAGUUUCUCCUUCACACUGCGACUUCGGACAAGAACAAUGAUAUAGUUCUAUCGUUCUUUUUCUACGCUCAGGGGACAGAGCUCGAGAGGUCCAUUAUUGGAAUGUACCGGUCUUUACUACACCAACUGCUGUGCUCUCCGGCGGUUUCAUCGCAGAAAAAACAACUUUUUUUUGACUUUGCCGCUGAGAUGCAAGUUGAGAACGGAUCGGUGAAGUGGACGAGGGACGACCUGGAGAGCCUUUUGUUGUCCAUAGUUUCAUCCCUUGUGAGUUGCCGUAUAAUCAUCCUCAUCGAUGCCCUCGAUGAAGGUGAGGAAAAGGACAUUCGGCAAAUGAUUGAAUUCCUUCAGCAACAACUCAUCUCUUGCGCCGUAUCACGUGGAGUUCAAUUGAGGAUUUGCCUUGCUAGUCGACACUAUCCAAGCCUUGUGAUUGUCAACGCUAUUCAGCUCGUGCUUGAGGAUCAGUUGGAGCACGAGUCCGACAUAAGAGAGUAUGUCGAAGCCAGGUUUAACGGAGGGAGAUCCCAGGAAGCCCAGGAAAUACGGGCUGAAAUUUGCGAAAAGGCAUCGGGGGUAUUUCUUUGGGUAUACCUUGUUGUCCGCUCCUUAAAUGAGGUCUUUGAGGUUGGCAAGCUCCACAUGGUCCGUGAACGCCUCGAUGUGAUACCUGAUGACCUCGACGCCCUCUUCAUUAGUAUCCUCACCCGGGACCAGAAGAGUCUAGGCGACAUGCUCUUCUGCCUAGAACUUGUCCUGUUCUCUCCUCGUCUAGUGUCCAGCGAGGAGGCUUACUUUGCAAUGAUGUUUCAUAAGCACGGAUUAGCCCGAAGGGACAUCCAGCUGCACACUGACUCAAUGCUCGCCAAUUACAUUGUGAAUGUCUCCAAAGGGAUUGUCGAGGUCUCGCGGUCCAAGGCGCAUGCUGUUCACUUUAUCCACGAGUCCGUGCGAGAUUUCCUUCUCCAACGAAAUGGUUUCGAAAGGCUACAGUCCGAGCAUAGUACUAACUACCGCGGUCUGUCCCACGAGCGCCUCGCACGAGUGUGCCUCCAGUAUAUAUGCAAGGUUAGCGGCGAUAAGGCUUUUGGAGACGUGUUUCGGAAAUUACCCGGUCUUCCUCGCGACAAGCAACGCGAAGGCAUGAAACAACAUGUCCCUUUCUUCGGUUAUGCGCGUUCCAGCGUCCUCUUCCAUUCCAAUGCAGCUCAGGCCACAGGUGUUUCACAGUCAGACUUUCUACGCCAGUUGCUCGAUAACCUUUCUGCGUUCAAGUCUGUCUACAACGCCGUCGAGUGUCCCAAGAUCUCUCGUUAUGAUCACAAGGUGACUCUCUCAUAUAUCCUGGCUGAUCAAAAGAUGGCUCAUCUUGUGGGCCUGGAGGUCUCGCGCCGUGGAUAUGAUUGGUCAAGGGGUGGCCGAUACGAGUCUCCAAUGGGAACAGCCAUCGAUUCAGGUGAUAUGCCUACGAUCAGGGCCCUACUUGGCUGCCACACUGACGCCGAAAUUAUCGACAACACUGAUUCACUAGGCACUGCGACCAUUUCCGCUAUGAAAGAUCAUCUAGUUGAAAGUGAGAGGAGAAGCUGCCGGCCGGUCAAGAUACCGUAUAAAACCUUUCUGGUUAACACUGCUAUUCGAGGGGGCCAUCCUAGCGUCCUGAUGUUUCUUGUCCAGACAGGUGAAUUCAACCCGCUGUCCGCAGUCCGCGGAACCUCCAACCGUGGCCAAGCACAUCUCCUCAAAAUACUCCUGGAUUGUUGGCGAUCCAACCCUGAAACUGUUGGGAAGGAUUAUCCAAAAGCCUUUCCACCACCCUUGGGGAGUCGCACGGUGCAUAUCGAUGUGAUCAAUGUCCUAUUGGAUUAUGGCUGUUUAGAUGUCGAUUAUGUGUUUCCAGAAUCCGAGCAGGAGUGCGGUGUGCUUCAUUGGGUGGCGAGACAUGGGGACGCAGCUACGGUGAAACGACUUGUCAAUACUGGCUGUGAUGCAACCUUUCGUGACAAUCGCGGAGAAGAUCCGCUAUGUUGCGCUGCAGGAAUGGGCAGGGUAGAGGUGGUGCGUAUUCUAACCAAGGUUGAAGGUGUUGAUAUUGACGCAAAGGCUGGUGAUGGUCGGACGCCGCUAUCGUUUGCCGCAGGUUCGCCCUACAUCGGGAGUUCUGAGACUGUCUCUGCCCUGCUUGAGACGGGGCUGGUCGAUAUAAACUCCGAAGACAAACUUGGACGAACACCCCUCUUCUGGGCUAUCGUCUCUGGGAACGGAGCAACUGUAGGCACCCUUCUCCGUGUUCCGCAGAUCAACAUUGAUUUUAUGAUGGGUUCUGGCCAUACUCCGCUUUUGUUUGCGGCCACGUGGCGCACUCGGGAGAUUAUCGAGCUGCUGUUAACCACCGGACGGGUUGACGUCAACGCCAGGGAUUCGCAUGGCCGAACGCCGCUAUCGUGGGCUGUAGGCCCUUGCUUUUCCUACAAAGGUAGUAAGUGGCACUUUGGCUGCGAGCCAGAUCGAUUAGAUAGGGUUAAGGCGCUCCUAAGCUGCCCUGAGAUUCACCCAACUACCCCGGAUGCCUUCGGCUAUUCGCCCCUUGACUGGGCUCGAAUGUACCACUGCGUAACGAGUCCUUAUUAUGCACACUACCGGGUGGAUGAGAGAGACAGAUUGGCGCGAGAACAUGAAGCAAUUGUCGAAGUUCUUGCCCAACAUGGUGUUGUGGAGAAUGUGCCCGAUGCAAGUCUUGAUCCCCGAGAUUACGAGUCCUCCUAUAGCUACGGCCUGGAAGAGCUCUUCCCGUUUCGUGGCGCCUGGCUUCGUGCAGUAAGCCUUGAGGAUCUGCUCAAAUCAGGCCAGGUAGGACGUACAACUGGCAGGCGUGGUCAGGGCUACGCGCGGGGAGCCCUUAAUGAGAGCCGGUGAUGUUGACUCCAGGGACGGAAAUGUUACAGGUGGCUUGGUCUUUAGAUCUAGUUCAUUGUUAGAAGACGAAUUCGAUUCUCACAGCCGCUUACUUAAUCCAUGAUGCUGCUCGGGGCACCUGUACUGCUUUAUUUCAUGAAGACUCGAGGUCUCGUCGGCGGCAGCUCAAGCGGGAAGAAAACUGACAACAGCCAAUCCCACUAUACCCUCCAUCUCAGCGCGCCGCUUGAGCCACUGGUAUUAUCUCCCUCUUUCAUGCCAGAAAUGUGAUUCUUGCCUUGAAGUAUCAGAGUUUCCUCGUCUAUAUAUUAUCAAGCUCCCGAUAAACGGGCCUUGGACCAAGAACCAUAUGGUGAAGAGCCAGCACCCGACGCAUAUCUAUUUCUGGGGCUCUGGUAUUUGCUAAC